AGCCAACUGCUGUUCGGAGAAGACUUCUCGAUGUAUCACAAAGAAAAGAGCAUCCAGAUCAAAAACAGCGCCUCGGCGCUGUACAACAACCUCAGCGUGAUGCGCAUCGCUCCGCGGCGUCUCACCUACUUCACGGUGGUCCAUGCUAACGUGGUCAACAUGAUCACCGCGUCCUGGGACGGCCUCAACUACUCCCACCGUCAGCUGCAGUCCAAAGAGCCUAAUGUCGCCACAAGCACAUCGCUCAUCAUGCAGGCUGCGUUUUGUGCUCUGCCCUCUCGGGAUCUGCUGGUGGUGACCUCUCAGAAAGGCAUCCAGAUGUAUGAGUCUGAUGGCUCCAUCAUGGUGUACUGGCAUGCACUGGAGACACCGGAAACACCUACAGGGGGAUUUGUCAACUGGUUUCACACUGAAAUAGAGACACGAACUGCAGUCACUUUCUCACCAUCACACCCCGACAUGACAGUCAGGUUUACACGUAGACACUGCUGGUCCUGCAUGUCCCCACAUCUACACCCGUUCAGACACGAAUUAUUGUACAACAGAGAAGCUCAGGCCGUGUUUGGUCGAGGGAUAUCAGCGGUGAGGGAGAAUUUUAUAUGUGUGGGUGUUUCAGCUGGUGCAAUCCUCGUGUUUGAUGUUCCCAGUAAAGGCAGUAAUAUAACCCUGUCUGAAAUCCUGGAGGAGCAUAAUGAGUCCAUCACCGACAUGGCCGCAGAGUGCUCUGGCAGCCAGGAGUGCAUAGCUGAUCUGGUCAGUGCAGAUGAUGGGGGCAACCUGUGUGUAUGGAAGUCCGGGGAGGAAUUCCAGCUGCUCAACAAGAUCUCUGGCUUUGAUAUGAGCUGCUCAUCUGUCAAGAUGUGGAAAGGAACAGUGGUGGCAGGUUACGGCACAGGCCAGAUCCGUCUCUAUGAGGCAGUGACAGGAAUUCUGCAUGCUGAGGUCAACGCCCAUGCACGCUGGAUAUACUCGCUGGACAUUGCGCCUUUUUCUGGGCUGCUGCUGUCUGCUGCUGAGGACUCUCUUGUCAGGGUGUGGCACCUAACACUUACCCCGGAGACCAACAGUGUGGAGGUUGCUCAUUUGCACAAUGAGUGUGUGACGGACACACAAAUCUGUGGCGCUAAGUUCUGUGACGGCGAUGGUUAUGCCUUCGCAGUGACAGGCUAUGACCUGAGCGAGAUUAUCCGCUACACACAGUCGUAGGGCACUGCUCUCAUUGACGCUAAGCGUGGGAAUGUGAAUUUAUGGAAAGAUAUGAUGACCCAGAGAGAACAGCGCCCAAAGCAGCCAGGUCAUGGUCAGGUUGAGAUUCUGCAAGUACAGGGGGUCUUAAACAUAGUCAUGGAAUAUUUAAUUUCUGUCUCUACAUCUGCAAAGAUUGGAGGGAGAUAAUUAUGUAACAAAAUAAUGUAAAAGAAAGUGUUACCGUUUCUAUAGUAACUUUAAGUCCAAAUGUUUAUAUGUAUGUGAGUGUAGCUUCAAAUAAAUUAAUAAAGUAUUUUAUUAUUGUGUUCAAUGUA